AGAAGUUCCAAACAGAGAAAAAUCAUCGCCAUUUUCUAAGAAAUCUGAGAUUUUGCCGAACAAGAGAGAGCGAUUCCGCUUCGAAUUUCAAGAAAAUUCAGGUUGUUGACGACGUAGAUUGGCUGAUCAAACACUAAAUAAUAGCACUUUAAAUCUGCCUACAGACUGCUUCAAUGGCAUCGCUUACUCAAGACCAGGAUUUGAAUGUUCACUUCAAUGGAGCUUCAGCUGGAGGAAAGACUAAUGUCUCUAAAGCACCAAGAAAAGGAGGGCUUAGUGGAAGGAAGCCACUCGGUGAUUUGUCCAAUUCAGUAAAAGCAACUCCAUAUCAGGCAACAAGAAUACAGAAGUCUAACAUUUUCUCCUUCACUGAGAAAGAGAUUGGUGCCUCUGGCAUCUCACAAGGUGCCAGCAAGAAGAGCAUUCCAAAAGCUUCAGAGAAAGUGCAAAAAUCCACUGGUAGAAAGGCACUUUCUGACAUUUCAAACUCCAGCAAGCUCCACCUGCAUGAGGCAUCAAAGAAGAAUCAAACCACAAAGCUAAGCACUGUUUCUGAGGAACAAAGUCCACAUUGUUCCAUUGCUGAUGAAAGUUUUUUGCACGAUCAUCAAGAAUGCAUAAAGGCACAGAGCAAAGAUAUCGGUAUGGCUGAAUUUCUACACAUAGUUGGACUAGAUAAUGGUAAGGAAAUUUCAUAUUUAUGAUUAAGGGUAAUGGAUUUUCCAAAAAUGAAUACUGAUGAUUUUGUAUUGCAGUCAAAGAGUCAGCCAAAAUACUUGGAGUUGGAAGAGGUAGCUGACCUUCUGAUUGAAAGUCCAUCUCCUCUAAAGGAAGAUAAGCUUGAUUCUCCUCCUGCUAAAACUCCAAAGCCAAUGA